AAAAUAGAUAAGAAAUUUUGAAGAAAAUGGCCGGAAACGUAGAAGUUUGUUCAGUUCAUUCUGAUCUAGAGAAACAGCUGACAGAGUUCAGGUUUCGGAAAGAAAUCAGCUGUGCUGCCAUUGUCAUGAAGGUUGACAAGGACUCUCAGACAAUUGUUUGUGAUGAAACCUUGGAGGAUACUUCUGCAGAGGAGCUUAGAGAUUCUUUACCAGAACACCAACCCAGGUUUGUCCUGUUCAGUUACCCACUGCAGCACUCAGACGGAAGGAGUUCAUUCCCACUUUGCUUCAUAUUUUCAUCCCCAAGGGAUUGUAAACCUGAACUCCAGAUGAUGUAUGCUGGAUCGAAGUUGUCCUUGGUGAAUAAGAUUCAAUCUCAGAAUGUUUACGAGAUCAGGGAACUAGAGGAACUCACGGACGAGUGGAUUCAGUCAAAACUCGUCCGAUCCUAGUCUAUAGUCUAACCUUGAUCCUAAUCCUUCUUCCAGUCUAAAGUCCAACCUUGAUCUUAGUCCUUCUUACAGUCUAAAUUCCAACUUUGAUCUUAGUCAUUCUUCCGAUCCAACCUUGAUCCUAGUCCUUCCAGUCCAACUUUGAUCCUACUCCUCCUUCCAGUCUUUAGUCCAAACUUGAUCUGAGUUCUUCUUCCAGUGUAUAGUCCAACCUUGAUCUUAGUCCUUCUUCCAGUCUAUAGUCCAACUUUGAUCUAAGUCCUUCUUCCAGUCCAACCUUGAUCCUAGUCAUUCUUCCAGUCCAACCUUGAUCCUACUCCUUCUUCUUGCCCAUAGUCCAUCCUUUAUCCUGUCCUUGAUUUGUCUUACUUAGUCUGACUUUUAUCCUGUCCUUUCAUCUUAACCCUGUCUCGUCUUUUCUUGCACUUUUUUUUCAAAGUUGGGAUUUAACCACUUUCUUCUUGUCCUUUUUAUUCUUGUUUUCUAAUUUGUCCUUAAUCCUUUUUGGUCCUUUUUUUACCCCAAUCCCCUUCUUUUGUCCACAUCAAUCCCCUUCUUUUGUCCCUUUUGUCCCUCUUCUUAUUGUUCUUAUUCUCAUUUAGUACUUUUUUGCACUUUCUUGUCGGCAUCCUGAAUUUUGUCCUUUUUUUGUCUAUAUUGUCCUUACGGUCUUCAGACCCCGACCUAGAAUACCUAUUACCUACAAUAAUAUAAUUAAUCAAACCUAAACUAAAAUUGUACAAAAUUUUGCCCAAAGAAACAUUAUCAUAAUAUUAUGUAUAUUAAUUUUAAUAAUUUGACGUCUUUCAGUAUGAAAACAUUGAAUCAAAAUUUAAGCGUGUAAAGUCUGAAGUCCAGUCAAAGUUCUAUGUUAGAGCUAUGACGAUUAUUUCCUAGAAAUAAAACGCUAUUCGUAGUAAUACUACUACUGCUACUAAUAAAACAGGUUGCUAAUUUUACAGAUAAACUGUAUUUUUAUCCACGCUUUGAUAAAACUGACUUUGUACUGUUCCAUGCAAACAAUCAAUUUAUUUUUAACUUUCUCUCUUUCUAUGUAUUGCAUGUAUUAUGUAUUUGCAAUGUAUGUAAAUCAAAAAUAUUUUAGUCGCAACGCUUUUAUUUUUAUAAUCAUCUUCCACUCUUGAAUUUCUAAUUUCAGA